UAACAUGUUAUAAUAAACAUUCCUCUGACGUGACCAAAUAUAUACGUUCCGUAUGUAUAUGACGUGUUUAUAUGACGUGAUAAUAUAUAUAGGAUAUUUGAUUUCCUAUAGCGAUAGGACGCUAUCGCAAAAUGUUUCGGCUUUCGUUAAAUAUACGUAUGACGUAUGUAUAUGUAUGCACGUGUGCGCAGUAUGCGACGUGCUUGACAUUUAGCGUCCACGUUGAAAUAUUCAUCUGUCAAUCUGUCGCGUGCGCGACGACGUAUGCACUCUUAUUUACGAAGUUCGCGCCGAGUCGCGGUUAUCGCUUCGAUUAUCGAAGUCGCGCCAAAAGUGUACUCGCGGUACGUCCGUCAACACACGCGAAACGGAGCGAAAGAGGUUUCACUUUUGAAUCACGCUAAGAGAUAAUUACGGGAGUAAAAACGCCGGCCGAUCGCGAGAGAUUUGUGUUUCGCGUUUGCGGCGACGUCGCGCGUCUACCGGAAUAUCUUUCUUCCAGAAUUCCGGGAUGCGUAAUGUCAUCGCAUGGGAAGAAGACGGCUAGACGGAUAGUCAACGAUCAAUAGUAUCUGGAAAAUGACUUGGUGACUCAUAUACGCCGAGAAUUUCCCGCGAAUCAUGGUGUCCGGGGAGAACGAGAGGCUGUUGCCUGAUCCUGAAAACUACGCCAAGUGUUUUUACGAUCUCUUCAAAAAUGCCGAGGCGCAAAGGAAUAAGGGAGAAUGGAGAAAAUGUAAAAAACAUAAAACUGUUCGUAAAAGGGACAAGAAAAAGAUUGAUUUAAAUGGAGAAUUAAAUUACAAUAAUCUACCAGAGAUAGAAACAUCUUGUAAUGCCUCAGCAUUUGCUGUGUUUGCUAGUGUGAGAAAUGCUAUUUUAGAAAAACAUUCAAAAUUGUCAAGUGAAGUUUAUAGAACAUCAAACUGUAAUUCUCCACCACCGGAUCUUAGUGACACUAUAGAUACAGAAAGUGAUGACGAAGAUAGAAUAUCGACUAUACAGAAUUUACCAAAGAUUGUAGGUAUUGGUUUAAGAAGUGUUUUUACAUUGAUGCGCGAGAGUAGAACAAUUGAUCCAAUCUUAUGUACAAAGGCGUUAUCGGCUUUAUUAGAUGUUUUACAAGGACAACUACCAGAAGGCCUCAAAUCUGAACCAGACGACGUUAUUGAUCCACUAUUCGAUUUAUUACUGGAUCUUGCAACAUCUCAUGGUCCUGAAUCAGCCGCAGCCAAUGAUGGCAGUCAUUUGACAGCUGUUGCUUGCGCAUGUUUGUUGAGCCUUGUUGUGGUUAGAGGAGAUACUGGGCGUUUGCUAGCAGCAAUAGCAGCUUUACUUAUGUCUCCCAGAGCAUUAGCGAUACAAAAUAUUCAGAUGCCAUGUGUGCUAACGUCUCUGCAGAGAAGUGUUCAUGCUAUUUUGUUAGGUAAACUCGUAAGACCAGAUUGGAUUACAUAUGGAGUUCCCAAGUGUUCGAAGAUAUAUACCUCUACGCUUAAGUUACCAAAUGAGAUGAACAAUAUGGUAUUGAAUGAACGUAGUUUUGUGAGCGAUGGAAAGUACUUAUAUUUGCAUACAUCUCGUGGUUUGUUGAAAAUUGGAAGUGGCCACGGCGGUACAAUAUGGGGGCAUAUAUACAUACAUAAAGCAGAUUUUUAUCCAACAGAAACAGGAUGGCUUGGUUAUGCUAAUAAUUCGUUAUACUUCAAAUGCGCACCAAGAAAACAGAGUGAAUUAUUAAUUAUUGAUGCAGAAACGCUUAUAGUAACAGGAAUUGCUGUGCUGGAAGGAAAAGAUUGGUCAUCUUCUGUCAUGUUCUCUGAUGGCGAAAAUUUAGGAAUGAUAACAGCAGGCAAAGAUGAAGGCUUUGUAGUGCGUACAAUAAAUACACUGAGUAAUCCUGUAACGGUUGCUUCUGAAUUGCCACUGAAAUUGGCAAGGAAAUGUGUAGAUAUAUUUGGAUAUGCGUCAUUUGACGAAGAACAAACGAUACAUACUUUGAAUCCGGGAUGCGAUGAUGAAAUUGCAAUGGUUACAGCAGGAAAGGAAUUUGGUUUACUGAAAACAGUGUCUGGAAAAUUAUUAUAUAGUGGAAAAGGAACUUGUCUAGGCAUGAAGAGUAAUACAAGACCUAAUAGAUGGUUAGAGCUUACCUUUGGUCCUAAAAGUCCAAGAAUUGCCCAUUUUGCAGCAGGCCAUGAUGGUCAGCAUGUCGUAAUGGUCAUGGAGGAUGGUUCUGUAUUCUUUAUUGGCACUGCUAGACGUGGAGAAGAUGGAGAUAGUAAUAAAGCUCGUAGGCAACCAAAACCGGUAAAACCAAAGAAGAUGGCAAAAGUGGAAGGUCAGUUUAUCGUUGAUGCCGCUUGCAAUAACGGAUCUACCGCUUUAGUUACGAAAGACGGCUCUCUAUUAAUGUUUGGCAAAGAUACACUACAUAGCGAUCCAGUGACAGGAUUAGUUACCGAUUUAAGGGACGUGUGUAUAGCUCGCGUAUCGUUAGGAAAAGCUCAUGCCGCUGCAUUAACUAACAAAGGACAUUUAUAUACUUUUGGUAUAAAUAAUAAAGGACAGUGUGGUCGCGAUUCCGCGACGGUGCAUACCGUGAAUAAGGAAAUGUCAGUGGUUGCGAUGGAGAUGGGUACAGGGGAAGAUGAACUGAUAAUAGCGGAAGAAGAGAAUGUGGAUCCUGCAGAGGAUUGGGAAGAAACGAAGGGUAUGUGCCAACCAGGGCAACAUCAGUGGAGGCAUCGCGUUUGCAUGGUUUGCACGAUAUGCAGAGAAUGUACCGGCUACAGUAUAUCGUGCUUGAGCAGUAUACGCCCCGAUCGGAAUCCCGGUCAAGAGUGCGGAUGUGGCGAAGGGGACAGCGGAUGUGCGGAAUGCGGAUGUUGUCGCACGUGUGCGAGAAAGAGUUGCAGCAACGGCAUAUCGGGCUCCAACUUUCGUGAAUAUUUGCAGAGACGAUUAGGCGAGAUAAAGCAACGGCAAAGAAGUAAAGCAGGACCAAGUACCGUCAAAUAUGGAGUAAAGAUCAAGAGCUCGAAUAAUCAGCGUAUCGCCGGUCCUAGUAUUGCGCAAAAGGGAUUUCUGGAAAAAGUUGCAUUGGGAUUGAGCAGUAAUCUCGCGGUCGAGGAAGCCGUCGGUGGUAGCGAUGUGGAACGGGGAGACGCGGCGAGAAUCGCCAGUAUAUCACCGGCCAGAGUUCCCAUUCCUAGCGAGAGUCCCGUGAUUCAAGUGUCCUGCGGUUUACAUCACACAGUGUUACUUUUGCAAAAUGGAGAAGUAUACACAUUUGGUAGUAAUAUAUACGGUCAAUUAGGCGUCGGGGAUUUGGUGGCGCAUGCGGGACCGGUUCAAGUUAAAUUGCCGACUAUCGCUACCCAGGUAGCUGCUGGGAGCAAUCAUACCGUUAUACUCACGUCCAAGGGCGAAAUUUACACUUUCGGUGCGUAUCAAAAGGGACAACUUGGCAUGAAUUGGUGGAACGAUCAGAAUGAAUCUACGAACGUUAGUUCUCAGGCAAAUCGUCGCGCUGAUCGGUCCCAACCGUGGCACAGUUUUCCAAACGUAGUUCCGAAUAUCGGUCCUCGAUGGGGCAGACGGGCGACGUGGAUCGGCGCCGCCGGGGAUCAAACUUAUGUUAAGAUAGAUGAAAUUAAUUCCAUUAGUUUGACGAGAAGUACCGUUAUGGCGAAUAAGAAUUGUAUUAUUUUAAUACCUCAUCAAAACGAGCACGCGAAUUCUUUCAAGAGUUUGGUGAUAAGUAAACGCGAUGGCACGUGCAACAGUUAUAACGGUGCGGAUCAGGUUGAUUUCAACAACUGUGCGGCGUGUUUAGAUCCCUUGUACAAUGUCAUUUGGACUUUCAAUUCGAUGAAUAAUGAAAUAAGCUUGUACAACAUAAUAUCGACGGAAGCUCGGACGAUACCUAGUUUGGAAGCAUCCAUACUCAAUCCAGGCUUGGCACUUCCGGUUAUUUCGACUUGUUUUGUAACGCGUUCUCAAGCAGCGAUGCACUUAUUAGCUUGCUUGGAUACAUUGACGCAGGCUCAGGAUGAGAAUUUAUCAAUAGUCGAAGAAAGCGAAUGUCAUCAGUCAACACAUGGCAAAGUUUACAGCCGCGAAGACUAUGCCACUGUCGGCAGAUUUGAAAGUCACGGGGGAGGAUGGGGUUAUUCCGCUCAUUCGAUCGAAGCGAUUAGAUUUAUGCCGGAUACGGAUAUUAUAUUAGGAGGAUAUGGUUUAUUUGGCGGUCGAGGUGAAUAUACCGCGAAGAUAAAGCUCUUUGAUAUCGGAAUGGAUGGUGGAGAUCAAGAGAACGAUGGGGAACUUCUCGCGGAGACAGAAGAGAUCCCGUACGAAUGCGGCCCAAGACAGAAAUAUUCGAUUCUGUUCGACGAUCCGAUUUGUUUGCAAGCAAACAGAUGGUAUGUGGCGUGGGCCAAAGUCGGCGGGCCUUCCAGCGAUUGCGGUUCCGGUGGGCAAGGAGUAGUCACGGCCGAAGAUCAGGUGAUGUUUUAUUUUAAAUCAUCUAAAAGAUCUAACAACGGCACCGAUGUUAAUGCCGGUCAAAUUCCGCAAUUAUUAUAUCGUGUUGUCACACCCGAAAAUCAGACAUCGAACAGACAGAGAGAUCAAAUAGAACCGAUCUACGUUUUGAAGAAGGAAUUCAGUAGGACUGUUACGAAAGAAUGUUUUCAGUCCUUAAUAUCUCUCCUUCAGUGGAGCUGGAACACGUUGAAAGCGUCACUGACCGACGCGGCCGUUCAUAUCGCAUCAUCGACUCACACGUUGCUCGAGAUGGAGCGGUUAGUGUACAUAAGUAAAGCUAGUCUAAGAUUGCUCAGAAUGUACACCAAUGAAAUUUAUCCUAAUCACAUUGUAAAGAAGAGCCCUCCCGAAUCGGUACGUUUAGCGGAAUGUAUAGGCGAAGUACGGGCUUUACUGCGUCAAAUCUUGUCCGAUUCUUUGCCGAUCGCUCUAAAGAGUAAAGGGAAGACGCGAUCUAACAAGAAUUCCAGUAAUACUUUGGGAAAUAAGAUGACGAGCAGUAUAUUGGACGAAUGUCACAAGACGUUUGUGGCUUGUUAUCACGCGUUUUAUCCUACCGCAUAUCUCAAAUGGACAUGCUUGUGCGAAUUGUUAUCGGAGAUCGACAAAGAACAAGGUACAACUACGAAGGAUCGUCUCCUCUCUGCCGUGCUAGCCUCGUUGUGCAACUCGACGAUACGACUCAGGUGUACAUUUCCUAUUUUGAGCAACAUUAUGGACAGCAGCGACAGUGUAAAGCGGCAGCUCAGCCCAUCCGACAAUGCCGGUCUGCUUAUGAUGAAUUCCACGGAGACUCAUCAAUAUCCGAUUUUAGUCGAGCAAAUUAGCUACAAGUCCCAAGUAGAAAGCGCUAGCAAAGAAAUCUUGAAUUGGUCGUUCCGCGAAGUACUCGACAGACUACUGGACUUGAUACUAAUACCGGUCAAGAAAAAUCUUUGUAGAGAAAAGACUCAAUCUCUGCCGGAAUUGGUUCUUCAUUGCUGUUAUCUAUUGGCGCGAGUCAUCGCCGAAUUGGCCGCGCAAUCGAGCGGAAACGAAGACGAACUGCAAGCGGCUUGUGGUAGACUUAUGUAUACCACACCGUCGAGAUUCACGAGGACAAAUCAAUCAAGAUCGUGGAAUACGGGUAAUGGUUCUCCGGAUGCUAUCUGUUUUUCCGUUGAUAGACCAGGCAUCCUUAUAGCCGGUGUUGGUAUUUAUGGAGGUGCAGGAGUAUAUGAUUACGAAUUGGAAUUGCUAGAUGAUCAAAAUAAUACUGGUAACGAUCCAUCGCAUACUCAGCGUUGGAGCAGUUUAGACUUUACAAGAGGCUCCUUUGGGCCAGAUGACUGUGUUAAUGACAUAGUAGAAUUAAAAUUUGACAAACCAGUUCUUAUAAAAGAGAAUAUCAAAUAUGCUAUUAGAUUACGGAAUCGUGGAGGACGUACUAGUAAUGGUGACGGUGGUUUGAGUGUUGUUAAAGGAGCAGAUGGCACAACAUUUACCUUUACAGCUUGUUCCCUGAGCUUUAACGGCACAACACAAACUAGAGGUCAAAUACCGCAUAUUUUAUAUUAUUCAAAUCCACAAGAUUCCGAUGGGCAGCACACGAAUAAAGCUAUGGCGGAAGUACAAGCAAGAAAAUGUACCCUGGCUAUGACUACAACAAUUAUUCAACGGUCAAAUGAAAUUUUUUCUUUGGCGAGAGAAAGAGCAGAGGAAAUAAUAGCCAAUGAAGUCCUUGGUAACGCGACUUUUGUAACGACUCUCUUGCCACUAGUAAUGGCACAUAUUAGUCCCUUGGCUACAUCAGAUCCUAGAAGUAGCGUGCAAAUCCUUACCCUAAUACAAGAAAUGUUGCCACACAUCGCAGCUUUAAAUUUACUGUCUACGAUGGGAACCUCUCAGAUAUCCCAAGAUAGCGAAACUCAAUCACACUUUGCUCCUCCAGUUACCACCAGUCAUCAUUAUACUUGGCUAGAGAGUGAACAUCCUUAUAAACCAGCGACAGUGUCAUAUUACAAAGUCACUUUUCCGGAAACAGUAAAAUGGCUGACUGUCGAAUUUACACCGGAGUGUGGAACAUCGCAACCUGAGGACUAUUUACAGCUUUAUAUACCAAAUAUAAUCUUCAAUUCUUUCACUGGGACAGUUUUGAAUAUUACGAACGAAGAUGGUCCACAAUACUGGCCAGUAUUGCAUAAGUUAAGCAAUGUUCAGAGUCAAUGGCCUCAAAAUGCUGUUGUAUUACCAGGAAAUGAAGUGGUAUUUUCGUUGGAAACCGCAUCUGAUUAUAUGAAAAAUGAGAGCUCCAUUACAUACGGCUUCAAAUGCUUAGUUAUUGGUUAUGAUUGGAUAACAUCCGGUCAUGGUCUGAAGAACUUGGAAAUUGAGUUAUCCUUUCUUGGAGGAGCGUGUGCUGCAAGUCUCAUGAAGAAAAAUUUAUUGUUGCCUUCAGUAUCCUCGGAAGAAGUAGAAGAGGAUCUGGAAUCGAUGCAGGAAACGGCAAAGAGAAUUUUCUCUGUACAUUCGGCGUUACUCGGACGAGGAUUCGCACUCGCGUCGCCCCCCACAGUUUCGCAGGCUCUCGACGGUGUGCUCCCGUACAGUUGUCACUCAAACGAGCGUCUAUUCCUGCGCGAUUUCGUCUCCUGCUCAGCCGGCACCAGCGGUGGCAGACUCGCGCGAUGGUUGCAACCGGAUAGUUUCGUCGAUCCCUCUCAAUGUGAGGCGUUAUAUUCGCGGGAAGAAAUGAGGUGCGGAUGGCCGGCGAUCGUCACUGUGCUCACCAGAGAUCAAUACGGCGAAGUCGUGCACGUAUCCGGAUUAAAGAUCGAAGUCAAGGCGGUGCCGAUCGAUAAGACAGAUAUCACGGAAUCCGAUCAGAGCAGGAAAAUUCGCCGUGUUUCUCAACCGGAUCCAUUAACCUUUGGAGGUCACCCACAACCAUCCUUGGACGUCCCGUACGAAGUGACCAUCAACAACAAAAUGUGCUUCUACGCCAUCACCAUCAUGAAAGCCUAUCAAAAUUACUCGUUCGAGGAACUGAGGUUCAUGUCUCCCACCGUCAAGAGAUCGAGCGAGAGUAUGUUGGUCAGACCCAACGGUGAUGGUAGUUACAGUGCUACGUGGACACCAUCCUCGGUCGGUUGGUACUCGCUGAUGAUCACGGUGGACGGUUACAACAUGGAGGAUAAUUACAAAGUCGAAGUAAAGGAACCUCCGCAAGGUAUGCAACCGCCCACUCAAAACAUUGUCAAAAAGCCUCAGCUUCAGCCGAGCAGACUCAGGAAAUUCGUAGCAAAGAAUAGCGCUGGCUUAAGAAUACGGGCUCAUCCGUCGCUGCAAAGCGAACAAAUCGGAUUCGUUUCGGUUAAUGGCACUAUAGCUUUCGUUGAUGAGAUUCAUAACGAUGACGGCGUUUGGUUACGUUUAAACACGGAGACAAUCAAGGAAUACUGUAAAAGUAGUCAUCUCGAAGCCUGGUGCUUGCAGUACAAUCAGCAUUUAGGAAAAACUCUGCUUCUACCAGUAGAGGAACCAAAGUCUAUUCUAGAUCAAGUCAUUAAGGAAACCAUUCUGCGAAAGCGGCCUGAUAUUGGUGACGACAAAAGAAAGACAGUGACCUUUGACGCCGGAAGAAGCAUGAUAGUCGUGAAAUGUGGCGCAUCCGGGCACAAUAUUAGAAGCAAACCAAGCUUGAAGGGCGCGCCAAUUGGAAUGUUAGCGCUUGGAAAUACAGUGACUGUUCAGGAAUACUGCGUGAAUCACGAAGGAACUUGGGUGCGUAUCGACGACGAUUCGGUGACGAAAUAUUGCUUCGACAAGAAUCGAAGCGUAGAGGCAUGGUCGCUCGCGAUCAACAAACAAACUGGCGUAAUUUAUAUGAAACUCGAACAAGAUUUAGAAAACGAUCCGAUCGAAAAAAAGCCAAUACUGGACCCAGCCAUUUCACCGAGUAAUAGAGGUUUCGAUUUUUCGGUACCUUCUGUUAGCCACGAGGGCUUCAAUUUUACCGCACAGAAUUACACGUCGGAUACGGCCGAGUCUAUUGAGGGUUGUAAUACAAAUCCAUUUGUUUUCGGCUCAUACAAUCAACAUGAUUCGCCAGGGAGCGAACGCUUCAUACCUGAAAAGACUGAUGGUACUCCAAAAUUUUCGAAACCUCAUUCGAAAGAAAGAGUAGCCAAAGAGCGGGAAAGAGAAGGUGGCGGAGGAAAAUUUAGCGUUCUUCAAAAAUGGCUACGAGGUGAUGACAAAUGUCAUGGAGAGAAAAGAAGUUCCCCGGGCAGAGAUUUCUCCGAAUUUGUGGGCGUAUCUGUGAAAGAGUUGGUAAAAGCGAUGGGGGAAAGCCGCGCGAAUGGCAACGGAGCGACACCGCCGGAAACACCGCGGCGAACGUCACGAAGUUCCUCGCCGAAGAAUCCCCAAGGUGGAUCGCCCAGAUUUCACAGCCCGUCUUCUAGCCCGGUCCCAAUACCUGCUGGGUCCAGUCGACAGCCAGCCGUUUCUGGCAAUUGCCUCUUCCCUCCUGCUGCUAAUGCACCAGUGUCAGGAGGGAUGAUCGACAGCAUAACGUCGCAACGACGCGGUUCGACACAGAGCGACACAAGUGCCUUGGUUAGCAGCUUGACAAGAGAUCCAUCUCAGUCACCGAGUGGUAUCAGUACUACUGCCAAUACGCGUGAUCUAUCACCGAGUCCAAGUUGCAGUUCUUUACACAUGAGAUCUGAGGGCAGCAUAGCGAGCCCACCCGAUACUCCUAAAAAGGAGUGUGCUGAUCCUCAGGAAAGUCCGCGCAAAAUGUCUCAAGCGCAAACGCAAACAAGCCCCGAAAGCGCUGCUACAGCUAUGAAAGGUCAUUUCAGUAUUGGCUCGUCCGGAGUAAAAGACGAACGACACUCGCCGAAAAUGAGCAGAAGGGAUCACAUGAAGGCCGUGAAAACUAGAGCAAAACGCGCCAUGUCGCCUGCCAACGCACAGCAGAGUCCAAAUCCUAAUCGUGCUCUAAAUUUAAGUAAAGACAAGGUUAAGGAAGCGAUCAGUCCUUCCGUAGCAGAAUGUCUGAGGGCUGUUUUCGCGGCGUUUUUGUGGCAUGAAGGGAUCGUGCAUGAUGCUAUGGCUUGCGCGAGUUUCCUCAAGUUCCACCCGAGUUUACCGAAACAAGGUGCACUGGUUGUAACCAGGCAUACCGUCGUACAAUCCAGUGACAAGCAGCAACAAGAACAAAAAGCACGGCAGAGACAUUCCGUCGAGGUGACGAAUGCCGGCAAUUAUUUGCACAUCCAACCUAGCACGUUGGAAACACUCACGCGUUCAGCUGCGAACGCUAAUGCCAAUAGGAGCAGGAAGAAACAGGAGAAUACGUUCAAAGAAGAGAUUCAGGCAAACUCGGGCAAGCUCAGUUCCCUGCCCGAAUUUCACACAGUCGCGGUACUGCCACCCGCAUUGAAGAGCCUGGUUUUUCUAUGGGAAGAACUCAGCACCAAUUGUUUGCAGGCCAUUGAACAACAAUCGAUCCUACCUAGUCCUAUAUCGCAGAUACAGACGAUGAAGCUGGCGAAACGGCCGAUACCAGAAAAACGUCCCAGAGAGGAUAAAGUGAAGGAACGCGAGAAGAAAAGUAGUCGGAAAAAGAAGGAAUGGAAGCCUAUUGGUAGAGCGAAUGCAUCUGAGGUUUUGGCGGGGAUCGAACGCGAGACUAUCUGCGAACUUUGUGGCCUGAUGUUCCCACAUCCAGUCACUUAUCAUAUGAAGAUGAUGCAUCCAGGUUGCGGCUGGCAUGCGGGCGGAAAAGGAUACAACAGCGGUGGAAACUACUGUGUGGGGUGGGCAGGCAAUUGUGGAGAUGGUGGAGUUGGUGGUAGCUCGUGGUAUUUAAUCUGUGACACAUGUAGAGAUAAAUAUUUGAAAGCCAGAAAGAGCAAGUUUGCAAAGAAAUUUGUCAGCGGGAUUUCCAAGAGAAAAAACGGCACAAGUAAAAUUCUGUCUCCGAUUAACAGUCCCAGUGCGAAUGAAACUCAUAUUAUCAUGAAAAACAAUGCGAUGUUUCUAUUGGAUUUGGCUAGCGCUUCUGGCUUUAAUAUCCCGAAACAGCAGAGACGACCUUCGCAGACUUUAUCGUCUGUGGCGGAGAAUUAUAGUCCUCCAGAGGCCGUCGGACCAUUUCCGCCAACCGGACCAUUCCAGUGUUUGCAAGCUUUAGGUGUUCAUCACUCACAAAGUCACGACGAAAGAUAUUACGAAGAAACUCUGAGACGUGAAAAUGGACAACAAAAUAAUUAUGAAGGAAGCAGUGGCGCAUUUAAUAUCACAAAUGGCAGGCCAUUAUCAGAGUAUCCAAUGAGUGACAGUGAUAAUGAAAGCGGCAAGAAUCGUAGUAUGUUCCAUAGAUCGGUAUCUAUGUCUACUGGCGCGCCUUGGGCUAGAAAUAGUAACGACGGCAGAGUUGUUAUGAUGAGGAAACGGAAUAAUAGUAGUAGCGAAAUGAGUAAUGAAGCGGGUUCUUCGCUUUUGUGUUAUCCGUCUGCUGCACUUCAAAAAUUAGUGCCAUCGAUGGAUCAAUCCGCAAUAGUAUCCACUAGCCAAACCGAAAUGGCAAGUAACGAUCGAAUUGAGAUUCUCAUGAGACCUGUGAUGUUAUUUGUUCUUCAACAACACAACUUGCAACAUCUGCAGCUUGCGAUGAAGCAAGCAUUGCGUCGUGCUGCCUGUCGAGUUUACGCGAUGCAGGCGUUAAAUUGGCUUUUAAGAAGCGUGACGCAACCAAUUUGUUUGCACGACUUACUGUGGUGGUUCGUCUCGUCUCUUACGCCGAUUGUUCCUUCUGAUAAUACAGACGCGAAUGAUGAUGAUAACAAAACAGAAAAGAAAGAAGAUCAUGAUACAACCGGCGUCAGUGAGCAUCCUUUAUGUGAUUUAAUGAUAGCUGGAGAAUCUGUCAAUCCAUUACCCACUGUGUUUCAUACCUUAUUGCAAACAAUUGCGGACUUAAUGCUAUUACCACCACUUGGAUCUCCAUUACAACAAGCUGCGAUUCGAUGCUGGGGUAUUCGAUUUACGCCAGCAGAUCAUAUGUUUCUGCAUAGAAGUCAUGUAUUUAGUAAUAUUAGCAAAAUUCUUUCACGUUCCGAAGAAGAAGAGGAUGUGACAAUGAGUAUGCAUGAGAGCCACCAAUCAACAGUUUCGCAACAGAUAAGCAGUUGUGUGGAAGCUUUAAAGGAUUUAACAUCUAGCGUUGAGAUCAAAGCUUCCAGUCGCCAAGCCAUGAUUGGUAGUCUAACAGACAAUUCAACGGAAACAUUUUGGGAAUCCGGAGAUGAAGAUCGUAACAAAACUAAAGUUAUUACUAUCAUUUGUGGUGCUCAUACCGUGCCUAGAAUGUUGUACGUACACAUCGAUAACUGCCGCGAUUUAACACAUAAAGUGUCAAGCAUAACUUUCCUGUCUGGUGUUAACGCAGAUGAGAUGACAAAGCUAAUUUCUGUAGAGAUUGAAAGUAGAUCAGCUGGAUGGAUUAAUUGUCCAAUCACUGAUCAACGCCAUAUAGUAGUAGGUAUGGAAUUAAAGGGUCCAGAUAAUUCUUUGAGAGUUCGUCAAAUCAGAGUGCUUGGUGAGAUCGAAGGAGGAUCUUUAAAAAUAGGAAAACAACUAAGCGCACAGACUAUCCAGCAAAGAAAUUGCGAGGCAGAAACCUUGAAAGUAUUCCGUCUAAUCACAUCUCAAGUAUUUGGGAAACUUAUACAAGGAGAGAAGCAACAAGAAACGGAAUCGACUGAAGGUGUUAACGAAGAUUUGGAGGACAGUAAUGAUCUCCGAGAACAUAUGGUCGGAAUUUUAUUUAGCAGAAGUAAUUUGACACACUUACAAAAACAAGUAUGUACUCAUAUCGUGCAAGCGAUUAGAAAAGAAACUAUACGUUUGAGAGAAGAAUGGGAAAUGCUUCUGUGUUCACCGACGCCCGUUAAUAGUCUGUUGAGUGACAACAGCGAUUUGCCAAAAGCGGCCGAUACUUAUUGCUUCGAAAUGCUUUCUAUGGUUCUUGCUUUAAGCGGAAGUUCUGUAGGACAAUAUUACUUAUCACAUCAGACUGGUUUACUAAAAGAUCUAUUAAGUUUGUUGCAUACCGGAUCAGCAAGAGUACAGCGUCAGGUAACAUCUCUCCUAAGACGAAUAUUGCCAGAAAUUAAACCCGAAACACUAGCGAGCGUUACAAACGUCGAACGAUUACCGCCUACCGACUUCAGUAUCGUAUCUGCGGCGAACAGCGGCUUUACUCAUGUUUCGGACUUCAAUGAACAUUCUGCCGGAAUUCUCGACGUAUUUUUAAGCUGUAUCGCGAAAGCUUUGAAUGUACAAGUUAAAGUAAAAGGGAAAGAAAAUGGCAAGGCACUUCAAAGUACUUCAUUAGCUACCAGCAUUCACCCGAAAAGUUAUGUUGGAACAAGAUGGUGGUUGAGAGGUUGCAUGACGCGUAAACUAGCAGAAGUGAUAAUCCAACUUUUAAAGGACAUGGCAUCGGGUAAGUUAUCGGAGGAAUGGGCGUCUAUAACGAAAGCGGCUAUAGCCGAGAAUAUCCUAAAUUUAACCAGAUUGGACGAAAAAAGUCGCGAUCCUACAGAAUGUCUUCGAUCCCCGACACUAUGGUUAGCACUCGCCUCUUUAUGCGUUUUGGAUUCGGAUCACGUUGAAAGAUUGUCGUCUGGUCAAUGGAGCGGUUCUGAAGGACAACCGUUGCCGCCUAGACCAACGUGUAGUAAUCACGAUGACGACGAGACCACGGCCAUUAUUCAAUGUAAUGUUUGCAGUAAUUUGUGCGCGGAAUGCGACAAAAUUCUACAUCUUCAUAGAAGGACCAGAACGCAUCUCAGACAAGUAUGUAAAGAAGAAGAGGAAGCGAUACGAGUUGAUCUUCACGAAGGUUGCGGCAGAACGAAACUCUUCUGGAUCUUGGCUCUAGCGGAUAGUAGAACAUUGAAGGCAUUAAUAGAAUUUCGCGAUGGUUCGCCGAGAAAACCGGUCGGCGCCACUACUGGUAUUUGCCGAUUUUGCGGUACCACGGGAAAUACGGGCUUGCUAGCGAUAGGCAACAUCUGCGCCGAUCACGAUUGUCAGGAACAUGCCAAAAACGCUUGUAACAAGGUUCACUCUUGCGGUCAUAUUUGUGGGGGUGUUAGAAACGAGAGAACUUGUUUACCUUGCUUGCAUCGUUGCUUACCGGGGACGGAUUUGAAACAGGACGCCGAUGACAUGUGCAUGAUUUGCUUCACCGAAGCCCUGUCCUGCGCGCCGGCGAUUCAGUUGCAGUGCGGCCAUGUGUUCCAUCUGCAUUGCUGCCGACACGUCCUGAUGAAGCGCUGGGUGGGACCGCGGAUCACCUUUGGUUUCUCUCUCUGCCCGAUCUGCAAAGUACCGAUGGAUCAUCCAACAUUAUCCGAGCAAUUGGCAAGCGUGAAAGAACUCUAUGAGGAUGUACGAAGGAAGGCUCUAAUGCGCUUGGAAUAUGAAGGCUUGCACAAGGCCGAAGGAGCUUUUGCACCCGGUAGUCGUUAUCAGGACUCCGCUGCCUAUGCGAUGGAACGGUAUGCGUAUUACGUAUGUUACAAAUGUCAGAAGGCUUAUUAUGGUGGUGAGGCGCGUUGCGACGCACAACUAGGUGGGGAAUCUUUCGACCCUGCGGAACUAGUGUGCGGUGGCUGUAGCGACGUGGCAAGGGCACAGAUGUGUCCGAAGCACGGAGCGGACUUUCUCGAGUAUAAAUGCCGAUACUGCUGCUCGGUGGCAGUCUUCUUCUGCUUCGGAACCACGCAUUUCUGCAAACCCUGUCACGACGACUUCCAGCGCGUUACCACCAUCCCGAAGAGCGAGUUGCCUGUAUGUCCCGCUGGUUCCAAAGCUAAGCAAUUAGAAGGAGACGAAUGUCCAUUGCAUGUGAAGCAUCCGCCGACCGGAGAAGAGUUCGCUCUAGGUUGCGGCAUCUGCCGCAACGCACACACGUUCUAAGCUUUCAGUACUAUCUUAUGAUUUUUAAUGAAAUCGGAAUUGACACAGUUUAAAAGCCAAGUAUGAAAAUGGAUUCGCGAUGACAAGUUUAUGAUGCUAGGAGAGGUAUACUUGUAAAAUAAUGGAUAAGUCGCAAGUUUUUAUCAGUAAAUUUAGUAAUUAAUUCUCGACGAUAAUGAAAAAAGCUCGUCAACUUGCUUAUCAAACUUCCACAUAUGAGUAAAAGGGAAAGAAUUUUACGUCAUGCAGGAUAUAAUAAAUAAAGGAAAAAGAUACUUGUAAUAUGUAUCUUAACAUUUUGAGAGACGUAAAAUAAUAUAUAAUUCCCUGUACUAUUUAUAUAAGAAAUGAUUGACUCUUUAGUAUUAUCAAUAAGUAAUACACAAGUAAGUUAUAUUAUAUAUAUAUAUAUAACGAAAGUAUGUGUAUUUUAGAAAAUACACUAAAUUGUCGCAAGUAUCAUUUAUAGACAUUAAAAAUGGAUGAAAAAGAUGAUAUAUGUAUAUACAUAUGUAACACACGUGUAUAUACAUAUAUAGUUAUACAUGUAU